CAAAAACUCAAAAGUAUUAAAAGCCGUCAAAAUAAGAAUUUAAGGGAUCAAAGUUUCUAGUACCAUUUUUUUAAAGAUGGAUUCUGACGAAUCUUUAGAAACUAAUUUAAAUACGGUAAAAAAUAUGAUAUUAGACGAAGAAAAGAUCGUCACAUACAUUUCACUGAGUAGAGAUCUGUGUAUUCAUAUAAAUAAAAGUAAACAAUUGUUACACCUUUUGGUAAGAAAAAUUCCUGAACAAUGUCCAAAUAUCAAGCUUAACGUGAAUUAUAUUAUAUCAGGACUAACAGACGAUUGCAAAGCGCGAACAACUAUAUGUACUGAGGAUGAUUUAAAAAACCUAAAGUCUUCACUGAAGACUGUAUUUUAUGAACAUGUAUACAGUGUUAACAAAGGUUCUCCAGGCACUGAUCAUGUUGCUUAUUUAUUAGUAAGUAAAUUUGAUGACUUUAACCUAUGCGCUGGUUUAAUUAAGAACAGCGAGUGCAAUAAAAUGACAAUAGAUGAAAUCGGAUGCUUAAAGGGUAACAACCGUCAAACAGUAUCAAAUGGUGGGUCGGAUUCGAUUCCUCAAAAGAAAAUUAAAACAGAAUCUAAAAGUUUGUUUAAAAAUAAUCAAGUAGAAAACAAGACAGAUGCAAUUGUCACUGAAAAUAUGAAAUCCAAAAUUAAAACUGAAGUGGUUUCUCCAACCAAAGACCUUAACAACAAACAAAAUAAUAACCACAAAACUCAAAAAGGAAUAGCUGGAUUUUUCAGUAAAUCUAAUAACACUGUUAAUAAAAAACUUACAAAAGAACCUGAACAAAAAUUAAAGACAAUAGUAAAAGAAAACAUUCAACUUAAAGAUGAAAAAAUGGAAAUGGUUGUUGAAAAUCAAAUACUCAAGACUAAAAUAUCUGAUAAAGAGGAAUCCAUCUCUAAAAAGAAAAAUAAAGUUCUUACUCAAACCAAGAAACCUACAGCCAAUGGUAGGAAAAGAAAAAGAGUGUUGUAUGUUUCAGGUAGUGAUAGUGAUGAGGAGGCUGACCCCUUUGCAGUCAAAGAAGAAAUCAAAAGUGAAUCUGAUGAUGAGAUUCCUCCAACCCCAUCUGCUAACAGUAUAAAAAUAACAUCAGGCAUUGUUAAUCCUAAGAAAAGAAGAAAAGUUGUAGAUAAGACAUAUAUGGACGAAGAGGGGUACAUACAUACUGUCAAAGAAGAGAUUUAUGAAAGUUAUUCUGAAAAUGAGGAUGAUAAAAAUGUCAAACAGAAUGUUAAAGAAAUUAAAGUAGAGAAGAAAGAAAUAUCACCAAAAGAUAAGAAAAAUGAUGUAAUAAUGACUAAGAAGAAAAUAUCCCCACAACAAAAAGGCAAACAAGCUACACUUGCUCAAUUUUUUAAGAAAAAGUAGAAGUUAUAUAUAUUUUGUUCAAUAUUUAAUCAUGAACUUGUUAUGGUAUACUAAUGUCAAAUUAAGAGUAUUUUGUUAUUUUCUCUUCCUAAUAUUAAAAAAUUAAUCUU